UCAAUACUUGCACUGGCUUCCUUUGUUCAGAAGCAAGUAUCUGCAAGCUUGGCUUGCUCACACCACCAUUCUCUUCCCCACCCUGGACUGCAAUUGUAUUUCCCUGUGCUCUGCGUGUGUCGCGAGCUCUGAGCACUCCAAUGGCAGAGCUGGUGGCCACCAUGGUAGUUGGGCCACUGCUGUCUAUUGUGAAGGAGAAGGCGUCCAGCUACCUGCUGGACCAGUACAAGGUGAUGGAGGGUAUGGAGCAGCAGCACAGGAUCCUCAAACGCAAGCUGCUGGCCAUCCUGGACGUCGUUGCCGAUGCUGAGCAGGCGGCGUCCCACAGAGAAGGGGCCAAGGCUUGGCUUGAGGAGGUCAAGAGGGUGGCUUAUGAGGCGAACGAGAUCUUCGAUGAGUUCAAAUAUGAGGCGCUCCGCCGCGAAGCCAAGAAGAAUGGGCACUACAGCAAGCUCGACUUCGAGGUAGUAAAACUCUUCCCCACCCACAACCGUUUUGCAUUCCGUGACAAAAUGCAUCCUUAAUGGGGUAAACAUGCAUGUGCACGUGCGUGAUUACUAGUUUAUAAAGAAGUAAGCAAGUGCAUUCGUGCA